AUGCGUGCACGCGUGCCGUCGUCCCGUUCUGCAAAAUUGGAUCGGUUGCUCAGGAUUCAAAGCUCGCUGUUGAGUUCUUCUGCGGCAGAGGUGUCGCCUUCAAGGUGGGUCCGCUCAUCGCUUUACCCAGCGCAGGCGGCCCAACUCUUGAGCAAGCCGCGGUUUUACCAGAAUCGCAUUGCGUGGGUCCCAUCACAGUUCCUCUCAGACACAGACCCACGAGGCAACUUUACUGAAGAGGUUCCCCCCUCGAAGCCGCACCUGUGUGCGUCACCGAUGUCCUUGUGCGACACCGUAGCUGCACAGGACGAUGGCGUCGUGCCCAUGCUAAACGCCUCCUUUUUGCAUGAGACAAGCCUGUUUGCGCUUCUCCUCAGGCAUCCUCUACCCUCCAGCCCACUGUCCCCACUGUCACGUCUGAGCGAGCGUUUCCCUGUCUUGGUGGAUACGAGCGCUGCCCUUCACGCACACUUGCCUCCUGUGCCUGCUAUGCAUUACGGGAUGCAGCACGGACAUUGGAAGGUGUGCGUUCCAGACUCCGACGGUGCCUCUUGGUUUGCCGCAGCCACCUCCGCGCUCAACGUACAGCUUUCCUUCUCAUCUGAUGGUAUUCGAAAUGGUACGGCGUACCUUCUAAGUGACGACAGAAGAAGAAGCAAAGAGUCCGCUGAUGAGGUAAGCCGUCAGGCAUUGGACUGUCUUGCCAGCGGUGACUACUUGGAGAAUUUGAUAUGGCCUACCGAGUGUAGCAGCGAUGUGAGGCAUGGGAUUACAGCGGACUGCGUGUGGAUCGACGCUGUCACUGUGAAGCGGUAUUCGCUUGGCUAUUACUCGGACGCGAUUUGGGUGCCUUUCCACCCAAACCUCACUUUUGCGUCGUGGAACAGAAUACGGUGUUUGCGAGAUUCAAAACGUGUUUCGAAGUCAUCACCUGUGGACGGUGAGUGCGUUGAACGACCUACUUCGCCAAAUUCGAGGUGCGGCUGGGACUCCAUCGAGAGUACAAAGCGCCUCGACUGUCGUGGAGAGCUGUUCAUCUGCCCCCUAGAAAUGUGA